CCACCCCGCUCCCGGGGCCCGCGCGGCAGGGAGGGGGCGCUAGGGGCGGGGCUGGGCUCUGGACGCGGGGGUGGAAGCGCGGGGUGCGUGGCCUCCACCCGGGGGCUAGCGCAUGGUGGGGGCCUGUCCAUCGGCAGAGCGGGCCGGGGCGAAGGCUGUGGGUGGCCGCCUCCCCCUCCUCCAGGACCCCUUCCCCCACUGGCGGGACCCUGCUCUCGAGAGCUAGAAACCUAGCCGCGUCCCUUCCUCAGCCCCCCGCGUGGAGGAUGAGGCUUGUUUUGCUGGUGCCGAAAACUUAGGACUCAGAAACGCCCUAAGAAGCGUAUGCCCCUCCCCCGCUCCUGGUGGUGCCUUCCAUCCCCCAGCCGGCGCAGAGAGCGAUGAACUCUGAACCUGUGACCUUGGAUCAGUCACCGCACCCUCUGCAGGGGAGGCCAAAGCGGCUCUGGGUGCGCGCGCUUCCCACCCCUGAGCCAGGCCAGCAUCUCAUCAGCUCCGCUCAUCCGGGCUGCCUCACACCAUGUGUCAUCCCGGACAAGUCUAGUCGGAGCCAUCCACACCCAGCUGGCCUCUGCAGAGGGGUCCUGUGGCCCUGGCUGAGGAGUCCUUGACAGAUGCCCUUGACCCAGAGCCUGGGCGGCCUCUGUGCCCUCUGGGGAGAAGGGCUGUGUAUCUGUGCCAAAUGUUCUACCUGCUCUGCCCGCCCGCCAGCUCAGCCACGGCGCAGAGCCGGCUCUCAGGUCUCAGGGUCAAGUACGUCUUCCUGGUCUGGCUGGGUGUCUUCGUGGGCAGCUGGAUGGCUUACAUGCAUUACUCCUCCUACGUGGAGCUCUGUCGCGGCCAUGUCUGCCAGGUGGUCAUCAGCACUGCUCAGCUCUGGCUUAUGGUGGUGUGGAGGAUUAAACCUGGGACUUUGGAGCCUCAGGCAUGAGAGUCUCUUGGCAUAACCAUUGUGCUAUCUACCCCUGCCCAAUGACCAGUGUGACCAGUACCGAAAGGGCAUCAUCUCAGGCUCCAUGUGCCAGGACCUGUGCAGCCUUCACAGGGUGCAGUGGGGGGCCUGCCUCUCCUCUCACCCAGGCCAGCAGGUGUACAGCGGACUCUGGCAGGGCAAGGAGGUGACCAUCAAGUGUGGCAUCGAGGACAGCCUGCACUCCAAGGCCGGAGAAGGUGUCACGCCACGGCGAGAGCUGGUGCUUUUCGACAAGCCCAACCGGGGUACUUCCAUUAAGGAGUUCCGGGAGAUGACCCUCAGCUUCCUCAAGGCGAACCUAGGGGACCUGCCCUCCUUGCCCACACUAGUGGGCCAGGUCCUGCUCAUGGCGGACUUCAACAAGGACAGCCGGGUGUCACUGGCUGAGGCCAAAUCGGUGUGGGCCCUGCUGCAGCGCAAUGAGUUUCUGCUGCUGCUGUCCCUGCAGGACAAAGAGCACGCCUCCAAACUGCUGGGCUUCUGUGGGGACCUGUACGUGACGGAGGGUGUCCCCCACGGCUCCUGGCCCGGUGCUGUGCUCCCUCCGCUGCUGCAGCCACUGCUGCCACCUGCCCUGCACAGGGCCCUGCAGCGCUGGCUGGCACCUGCGUGGCCCUGGCGUGCCAAGAUCGCCAUCGGGCUGCUGGAGUUCGUGGAGGAGCUCUUCCACGGUGCCUACGGGACCUUCUACAUGUGCGAGACCACGCUGGCCAACGUAGGCUACACCGCGCACUAUGACUUCCGCAUGGCCGACUUGCAGCAGGUAGUGCCUGAGGCGGCUGUGCGCCGCUUCCUGCAGGGGCGGCAUUGUGAGCGUAGCGCCGACUGCACGUAUGGGCGGGACUGCAGGGCCCCCUGCGACCAGCUCAUGCGGCAGUGCAAGGGCGACCUGGUGCAGCCCAACCUAGCCAAGGUGUGCGAGCUGCUGCGGGACUACCUGCUGCCAGGAGCCCCUGCAGACCUGCAGGAGGAGCUGGGACGCCAGCUGCGCACGUGCACCACACUGAGCGGCCUAGCCAGCCAGGUGGAGGCACACCACUCGCUGGUACUCAGCCAUCUUAAAACCCUGCUCUGGAAGAAGAUCUCCAACACCAAGUACUCAUGAGGACUGAACCACCCCUACCCCCAGACAGCUGGGACUCCUUCCUGGAGGGGUCCUAGAGCCCAGCCAGCCAGGAAAGACACCCACUGGGCAGACUGGCAAGGGGAGGGCAGGACCAGGAGCCCAAGAACUAUGCAGACCAAGGCAGGUUUUGUUAAUAAUUAUGUAGUUUACUUGCUGUGCACCUAUCAGGCUCCUGGGGCUACCUUUUGCCCAUUGUGAGGGCAAGACUGAGUACGCUGCCACAUUAAAGCCUUUCUCAUGUAGUGCUGCACAGAAAGUAAUCAGCCCCAGCCUUGAAUUUUACGUUGAUGAGCCUAGCCACAGCACAAUGGUUCUACCAAAGCAGCUUUCAUGCCUGAGGCUCAAACUCCCAGUACAACCCAGAGCUGAGCAGUAAGUACUCUGGUUAAAAAAUUUGAGGGUGGGGAUAGAUAGCAUAAUGGUUGUGCAAAGAGCUUCCAGGUCCCAGGUUCAAUCCCCAGCACCACCAUAAACCAGAGCUGAGCAGCUCUCUAGUAAAAAAAAAAGAUUCACAUCCAGUAUCUAGAAAGCUGCUGUGGAUUGCCCCACCCCUCCCCAACAAGUGUACACCCCCUCCCUUUCCA